AAAGUUCACUACCCCUCACGCCUCAGACAUUGCAUGACUAACUGACUGAUCCAUUUAAAAAAGAAGACAGAGAUUUGAGAUGAGAUGGCAGAAGUCAUUGUGAACCAUUUUUCAGAAGAGCUGCGAGGUGGUGAAGCCGAGGACUGCGGAGAAAAGAAAGAGAGCAAACAAGACACAGUGACAAUCCCAACAGACAACGAUCACUAUGAGACACCAAUUCAGCCUACCAUCUCAGGCACAGAUGUUUUGAGAUUUGGCCUCCUAAAUACAUCAAGAAUGGAGGAGGUGCGAGCUCACCGGGAUCUGGAUAGUAUCUUGGCCCAGGCCAGCAUCCUGCUGGAUGAGAAGGCAGCCUCUCUGGAUGAAGUGCUGUGCAAAAUGCUGGACCAUGUGGCCAGGAGCGGGCAGAGCAGCUGCAAUGCGGAGGAGGUCAUGAGCGCUCUGUUCACAGAUGCUGGAGAACAGGAUGCUAAUGUUCACUUGCUGACUGAGACCAUUCAAGGUGUGACAGCGACAGCCACUGGAGUGCGUUACCAGCAGUCCUGGCUCUGUGUGCUCUGUAAAGUGAAGAGCCUUCAGCGACGCUGUGUUUGUAUUGUGCGUCUGGACCGGCCACAGAACUGGGGUGUUAACUGCUGUGAAGUCCGCUAUGUUAUCCUUAUUCUGGCUCCUCUGCGAACAAAAAGUACAAAGACUGCCCUAGAGCUCGGCCGCACGUUCGCCACCUUGUUCUCCGACAUGUCGUUUCGACAGAAACUCCUGGAAACUAAAACCCAGGAGGAUUUUAAGCAAGAGCUGGUGAUUAAAAAGCAGCGGCUCUCCACUGCCAUCCAGAAGCCCUCAGUAGGGGAAGAGACUGACCCACACAGCAACAAACCACUCAAGAUGAAGGAUUUCCUCAGAGCUGGCUGUGGCAUUUAUGAAGACCUGCGCCGGAGGCUUCCAUUGUACCUGUCCGACUUCACAGAUGGCAUUCUGGGCACUAACAGAUCUCUGCUGAAGUACACAACCACAGCCAUCUUCCUCUACAUUGCUAUCCUGCUGCCAGCGAUUGCAUUUGGCUCUUUGAAUGAUGAGAGCACACGAGGAGAGAUAGAUGUACAGAAGACCAUCAUUGGCCAGAGCAUUGGAGGAGUAAUCUACUCCUUGUUUGCUGGGUCUCCUCUGGUUAUCCCUCUCACCACGGCUCCUCUUGCCAUCUUCAUCAGUGUGAUCAGAGGCAUCUGUGAUGACUAUGACCUUGAUUUUCCUGCAUUUUAUGCCUGCAUUGGCCUCUGGAACAGCUUGUUCCUCAUACUAGGGGGAAUUUUCAAUGUUAGCCUGUUCAUGAAGCUCUUUAAACGCUCCACAGAGGAAGUGAUCGCUUUGUUCAUCUCCAUCGCCUUUGUGGGUGACGCAGUGAAAGGCACCAUAAACAUAUUUCACAAGUAUUAUAAUGGCAUUAAACUAGUCAAUGGAACUACAGAGGAGCUGCAUCAUCUGGGUGUAAUGCUUCUGACAGUGAAUGGGACGGAGAAUGCAGGUAUGUCUGCAAUAAUCAUUUUGUGCACCAGGGAGCGCCCUAUUCUGUGCUUACUGCUAAUGAUGGGAACACUAUGGCUGAGCUAUGCCCUCUUCCUCAUCAAGAGAAGCCCAUUCCUGCAUGCCAGAGUGAGGGAGGUGGUGUCCGACUGUGCAUUGCCCAUUUCAGUGGUCAUCUUCUCCUUUGUGGGCUCCCAACUUUUCAUUGACAUUCAGCUUCCAGUAUUCAACUACCAGAAUGUAACCAUUUUCAAGGUGGCACCUUUUAACCAGCUCACAGGAAUGAACAUAUUAAGUGCAUGUGGUCUUGGCUUUCUCCUCGCCUUGCUUAUCUUCAUUGACCAGAACAUUGUGGUGUCCCUCACCAACGCUCCAGAGAACAGACUACUGAAGGGAACAGCGUACCACUGGGACCUGAUGCUCUCUGGAUUCAUAAACAUCCUCAUGUCAGUACUGGGGUUACCAUGGAUGCACGCUGCUUUCCCACACUCCACACUGCAUGUGCGUCAGCUGGCGCGGAUGGAACAGCGAGUGGAGGGGGGCCACCUCUAUGAAACGAUAGUUAGUGUGAAGGAAACACGACUCACAUCGCUGGCUGCGAACAUCUUGAUUGGUUUGUCAGUGUUCUUGCUGCCAGUGCCUCUGCAGUGGAUACCAAAACCUGUUCUCUAUGGCCUCUUCUUGUACAUUGCUCUUACUUCUUUCGAUGGAAACCAGAUGUGUGAUCGAAUGGCCCUUUUACUCAAAGAACAAACAUCGUAUCCACCCACUCACUACAUUCGCAGAGUGCCGCAGAGGAAGGUGCACUACUUCACAGGCCUGCAGAUCGUUCAGUUGAUCAUACUCUGCACGUUUGGGAUGUAUCCUCUGCCGUAUAUGAAGAUGAUCUUCCCUUUACUCAUGAUCAUGCUCAUUCCAGUAAGGAACUACUUGCUGCCGAAAAUUAUUGAAGCAAAGUACUUGGACAUAAUUGAUUCUCAACACAUGUAAACAUUCAAAAUUCAUUCUAAAAUGCAAGAAAAUUGAUUUCCUUCAUGAUUCAUGACCAUAUGAAGAGGAUACAAUCUGAAACAUUCAUUUAGAGAUCGGAUGUUUGUUUUUUCUUGUCCAACAGUGUGUCAUAUGUCAUAUACUGUAUAAUUUAACACUAGUGGACCAAACUUAUGAUUCACUACAAUAACAACUUUUUAAAGGUUAACACAGUCAUAGUGUGUAGGCCUAUAUGUAUGUGCUACAUGAUGAUACUGGUAGAAUGUGACCAAUAUCAAAUAAACAAAUGCUUAUUGACAUUCAACAUCUCUUUAUUGGCUUCCAAAUCUAGGUUGCAAAUUCAUAGUGUAUUCGUCCUCAAAAUCCACUGUCCUGCAUCACAACAUGAGUGUUGAUAUUAAGGAUGGCUCAAAAGAUGCUGCAUAAUGAUUGUGAUUCAUCUGAAAUUUGUGUUUCCUAGCAACACAUGAAUAAAGGCCCACCAUUGGUGAGUUUGAGCUCAAAAGAAUCAACAGGGCUUUUUAAAAAAAUCUUUGCGGAAGACAAGACAAAAAUAAGUAACAGGUGUCUUGUAUUAGAAACUACUAGUCUUACUGCUUUUGUACUUUGAACAGUACAGCAAUAUUUAGAGUGUUAAAGGGAUAGUUCAAAUGGCUUGGACAGAGGCAAGAAAGCAUUUGGAUUGAAUGGCCCCUAAGAACUUAGAUGCUUUGGUUAAAGACCAUGAAAUGUAGGGGGUGCCUGGUAGCUCAGCAAGUAAAGACGCUGACUACCACCCCUGGAGUCAUGAGUUCAAAUCCAGGGUGUGCUGAGUGACUCCAACCAGGUCUCCUAAGCAACCAAAUUGGCCUAACAUUGGGUAACCUCCUCAUGGUCGCUAUAAUGUGGAGCGCGUGGUGAGUUGUGCGUGGAUGCCGGUGGAGAAUAGCAUGAAGCGGUUUGAGGCGAGUCACUACACCACCAAGAGGACUUAGAACGAAUUGGGAAUUGGGCAUUCCAAAUUGGGGAGAAAAAGGGAAGGAACCCAGCACAUCCAGUGUGCUAGAGAUGGGCCAGGAUGAUUGACUAUUCAUCCAAAAACUAUGGAAGCCCAUUUCUGCUACAUCAUUCAUUGUUAAGUCCUAAUUAUGAGAUAAAAAGUUCAUAAUUGUGAGAUACUAAAUCAUAAUAAUGAGGUGAUUUAUCUCAUAGUUAUUGCUUUUAUCUCAUAAUUAGGACUUUUAAAUCUCAUAAUUAUGAUUUAACAUCUCAUUGUAAUGACUUAGUAUCUCAUUAUUUUGACUUU